AUGUGUUCACUAAGGAAAUUAAUAUUUUUCGGAAGGAAGUUUGGAUCACAAUUCAAAGGUUAUGAGGAAAUCUUUGUGGAUUCCUCAUUUGUUUUUACGAAUGCAAACCCAUACCUCGAUUAUCCUCGUCCAAUGCUACACAAAACUGUUCCGAUCGGCGGAGUUGCUGUCAAAAUCGAUUCCAAGAAAAAAGUUCUAACAAAGAUUUUAUUCAGAAUCAAUAAUAUACGUCUAUUUAUGCCUGAAACAACGUUUAUCUGGAAAUAUGAAGAGGAAGGCUCGCAAAUAGCUGCUUAUCUGAAAAAUGUCUAUUUGCGGACUUGGGUCCCGCAGAUUGCUCUUCUUGAGAUACCGGUCUUCGCGGAUCAAAUCAGGAAUGCUCAGAUGCUUGCCAAACACGGUGGUGGUAUUGUUCUGAGCAAAUCUGCUUUGGAGCAUCCAGAGGAAGUGAGGAGUUCUCUCGAAAGCAUUCUCCACGAUGAAAGUAUAGCUAUCGGUUCUUCCGUCCAUUUCAAGCGCUUCACUAAAAAUGCGAAACGGCUGUCGGAGAUGCUGUUGAAUCAGCCAGUCAGCGCCAAGCAGCUCCUCAUCAAACACAGCGAAUUUGCCGCCAGGUUUGGACGCUUGCCGAAUCUCGACCCAUAUGGACGGCAUUUAUCUUUUAUCGAGUAUUACCUGAUUGACAUUUUUCUUGCCGUUCUCGGUGUCAUAAUUGUUGUAGCGUUGGUUGUCUACAAAAUUUCUCGGAGGAUAGAAUUAUAG